AAUGAGACUCCUUCAGAUGAUCAAAUGAUGGGAAUUCCCUCCAUGGACGUGCUAUAUAUAUGGCUACAAGUGAACAAUAAAUCUCAAAUAGUGUUCACUUGAGGUCAAUACCAAAAGACAUUCCUCACCAGAGGCCAUGAACAUUCUGAUUGUCUUCGUCAUUCCCUGCUACAUGGCCUCGUUGGCCCGCAGCGCACCUCUGCCGGGGACAAGCGCACUUGUUGAGGAUCCGCAGUCUCAGGAGAUGGUGCAGAGGAGCCGCAGCUUGAUAGAAAAAAUCCUGCUCUCCAUUCCCGACACGCACAAAUCGUGCAUUCGCUCCGAGGCCUUACAACUCAAUUCCUCUGAAAAUGCAAAGCUUGUGACAAUGGCGUCCAUGAUCGGCAUUCCCUCUGCUCCUGUGCUCAAAGUCGUGUCAGAAAGCUUCACUUUGGAGACCUGUUUGAGACACAUAUCUGAGGGUCUUCAGCUGCACAGGGCCUUACUGAGCUCUGUUUCUAAUCACCUGGAAAACAACGACAAAGUGACUGAGCUACUUGCUGACAUCAAAGACCUGGUCAUUCAGAUCAAUAAGAUGCUGAGACUGGUCCAAGAGAAGGCUGUGGUGCCGCCCACACCAACCCCUGUGACCUUAAGGCUCCCAGGGGACUAUGAGGUUCAGGUGGCGGCCCACCUGACUCUGGUGCAGCUCCAGUCCUUUGGGCAGGACGUGGUCCGCUGCCUCAGGAGUCUGGACCUGAGCAAUGAGGAGGAGGAGACAGAGAGCUGACCAAUAGGUGUCAUGCUUUAGGCUCAUAGCUUUGGGCACAUGUUAAUUUUUUAUUAUGGUAUUUAUUUAUUUAUCUGUUUCAAAUUAUUUAUUACCUAUUACUAUUUUUAUAUGUAUUUAUUUAACUUAGAUAUAGAAUAUUUAUUAAAGGAAUUUUAUUUUUGAUAGCAAAGUCCUCUUUUUUGUUGACAGCUGAGUAAACUUCUGUUUAAACAGGUCUGCUCACCUUUUCUGUAAGUGCUUUAUAAGCCUAUGUUACAUAAGAAUCAUUGUACACGAAAUGAUCCCCCAGCCUGCCAAAUACAAGAAAUACAGAUUUACCUUAUAUUGGUAUGAAAAUAUUCUAACUUAUAUAUAUAUAUAUAUAUAUGUAUAUACUUACCGUAUAUUCUGAGUUUACUGAAAAAAAUGAUAUGUAGCAAAACAGGAAGUUUAGAGGCAGCUUAAAAAAAGGCACCAUUCUUCAACAUUUCCUUCCUGUCUUAGUCAGCUGAGACAUUUGUGAACUUUUAGAACUCAUUAGGAGAUUGGGGGUUCAUAAAUGACUUAUCACACACUCUGUAAAAUGUUAAAUGCUAACUGUUUUUGUGCAAAUCCGUUUCUGUAUGAAUGAAUUCCGUUCAUAUACAUGUUAGUUAUUUUCUCAUCUUCUAAUAAUAAAACAAAACUUUCAUGAAAACUAAACUGUUCCAUUUUGU